AUGGCGCAACAACAGGGUGAUAAUGUUAUGCGGAGAAAGCUUGUGAUCAUCGGAGAUGGCGCGUGCGGGAAAACCAGUUUACUCAGCGUCUUCACACUCGGAUACUUCCCAACUCACUAUGUCCCGACAGUAUUCGAAAACUAUGUAACGGAUUGCCGGGUUGAUGGCCGCUCUGUACAAUUGGCUCUUUGGGAUACAGCUGGACAAGAAGAUUAUGAACGAUUGCGCCCACUGGCAUACUCGAAGGCCCAUGUCCUGCUGAUCGGCUUCGCUGUGGAUACACCAGACACCCUCGAGAACGUGAAACACAAGUGGAUCGAGGAAGCAAAUGAACGGUGUCCCGGUGUACCCAUUAUCCUAGUCGGCCUCAAGAAAGAUCUGCGAGAAGAUCCACUGGCCAUCGAAGAAAUGCGCAAAAAAUCCCUCAAAUUUGUCACAGCCAAAGAAGGCAAUGACACCGGCACCAGCAUUGGAGCCCGCAAAUACCUCGAAUGCUCCUCUUUGACCGGCGAGGGUGUCGACGACGUGUUCGAAGCAGCCACCCGAGCUGCGCUUUUGACCUUUGACAAGCGGAAAAGCUCCUGUUGCGUGGUGCUAUAA